AUAAUAAGGAGAAUUGCAUUGCACAGAGGUUUCACACUUCGGUUCCAGUGAGGCAAACUUGAGGAAUAUUUGGAGAUGAAGAGGAUACAUCUGCUGUAAACACUGAAAUACUAUCAUCCGUACAGAAGUGAGGUGGCGUAGACAGUGAGAUUGAAUCCAGUUGCAGGUGAGAUGCCCUAAUUCACGGGAGACAGUGAGGUAUCAUGGACUCCUGGAUCUUCCCAUCGUCCCCCCCGAACCUGUCGGAUCACCUCAUGUACGACAGCUUCGUGCAGGGCAAUGAGUCUGACUACAAUGGGACCUACACAGACCACAGCUUCAACAAAACCAGCACGGUGGUCAUCACCUGCAUGUACUUCCUUGUUUGCACUGUGGGGCUUUGUGGAAAUGCCCUCGUCAUCUACGUCAUCCUGCGCUACGCCAAGAUGAAGACGGUUACCAACAUCUACAUCCUCAACCUGGCAGUGGCCGACGUGCUCUUCAUGAUGGGCCUGCCCUUCAUCGCCAUCCAGCUGGCUCUGGUCCACUGGCCAUUUGGCCCGGUGCUCUGCAGGGUGGUGAUGACUGUCGACUCCCUGAACCAGUUCACAUCCAUCUUCUGCCUGAUGGUCAUGAGCAUCGAUCGCUACCUGGCUGUGGUGCACCCCAUUAAGUCCACAAAGUGGCGCAAGCCGCGAAUGGCCAAGACUAUUAACUUGACAGUGUGGGGGGUGUCCUUGAUGGUGAACCUGCCCAUUGUUAUCUACAGCGGAGUCAUCGUAAAGCACGACAGCUGCUUCUGCACCAUUGUGUGGCCCGAGCCUCAAGAGGCCUACCAGACGGCGUUCAUGUUCUACACCUUCAUCCUGGGCUUCUUCCUGCCCCUCAUGGUCAUCUGCCUUUGCUACUUGUUUAUCAUCUUUAAGGUGAAGUCCUCGGGCAUCCGUGUGGGCUCCUCUAAAAGGAAGCGCUCAGAGAGGAAGGUGACGAGGAUGGUGUCCAUCGUAGUGGCAGUGUUCGUCUUCUGCUGGCUGCCUUUCUACGUUUUCAACGUCACCUCGGUGACAGGGACCAUCAGCACCACUCCCUUCCUGAGGAGCACUUUUGCUUUUGUGGUGGUUCUGGGAUACGCCAAUAGCUGCGCCAACCCCAUUCUCUACGCCUUCCUGUCAGAAAACUUUAGGAAGAGUUUCCAGAAUGUUCUGUGUCUUAAGAAGGUGGGAGGGCUGGAUGAGGCUGACCGCAGCGAUAGCCGACAGGAUAAGUCUCGCAUGAUAAAUGAACCCACAGAGACCCAAAGCACUCUGCUGAAUGGCGACCUGCAGACCAGCAUCUGAGAGGAAGGUGAUGGACUCGCACACAAGAGUCCUACAUAUCUGAAAUAAAUAACAGUAACCUCUUAUCAGCAUCUCUAAGGUCACAUCAGACAGGAAGUGGACAUUAUUAAAGAAAGGAACAUGUCCCUUGUUAAGGAGGACAAAGCAACAUCAGAAUUUCAAACUGCACUGUUCCUCUAUCUGCCUUUGACACAUUGUUUGAUUUCCUUGGCUGUA